AUGGUUGGGCAUUUUGAUUGUGAAAUAAAUGUUCAAUGGUUAGAAAAAAAUGCAGCAAGUAAAGAACAAGUUAAACCACAAGUUGAUCGUUAUACUUUAAAAAAUGGAAAACAUAUAAUUUUAUUAGCAGAAGGUCGAUUAGUUAAUUUAGGAUGUGCUACUGGACAUGCUUCUUUUGUUAUGUCUACUAGCUUUACUAAUCAAGUUAUUGCACAAAUUGAAUUAUAUACAAAAGCAAAUACUCCAAAUGCUUACAAAACUGGUUUAUAUGUUUUACCUAAAUUACUUGACGAGGAAGUAGCUAGACUUCAUUUAGCUAAGCUUGGUGUUAAAUUAACUAAAUUGACUGAUGAACAAGCAAAAUAUUUGGGUAUUCCAAAAGAGGGACCUUUCAAGGCUGAUCAUUAUCGUUAUUGA